AGCAGCAUCAGCUUGAGCAGCAUCCUCAGCACCAGGAGCCCAGUUGCCUCCUGUCUGCCAAGUGGCAGGAACAUGGCGCUGGAAGCAAUGUAAGGAAUGCAGGCAGAGAGGCAAACAAGCAAGAAAAGCAGCUUCCAGGGAGCGAUGCAGCAGCCGGAACUCGCCUGACAACCUGCCAGCCUGGAGAUGUGGCAGCUGUAGAGUGUACUCCAAAACAUGGAUAUAGAAGAUAUGGAUCAAGAAUCUUGAAAUACUUAGAUAUUCAUUUACAAGGUUUUUCCACCAUGUUUGGGAAGAAAAAGAAAAAGCUAGAAAUUUCUGGCCCUUCGAAUUUUGAACACAGGGUACACACUGGAUUUGAUCCCAGAGAACAAAAAUUCACAGGACUACCUCAGCAGUGGCAUAGUUUACUCGCAGAUACAGCAAAUAGGCCGAAGCCUAUGGUGGAUCCUUCAUGCAUCACACCCAUCCAGCUUGCUCCUAUGAAGACCAUCGUUAGAGGAAAUAAAACCUGCAAGGACACUUCAAUCAAUGGCUUGCUUGAAGAAUUUGACAAUAUCUCUGUGACACGAUCCAACUCGCUUCGGAAGGAGAGCCCUCCCACUCCACACCUUGGGCGUUCAAAUCACAUAGAAAUCCACCAGCAGGAAAAUGGCUACAUCACAUACUCUCAGUAUUCAAGCGAAUCAGACACUGCUGUGGAUUUCCCCACUGAUAAAUACAGAGACAAAACCAUUCAUGGGGAAGAAUUGGACAGAUACUCCAAAGGCAGCUGUGCUGCAAAACAAAAUGGGCACAUGCUGAAAAUGAAACCUAGUGAAAUGUAUUUUUCAGAAGCUAAGUCCCUGAAGGCUGAUACCUCUAGGUUUUUGCCAGAUUAUCAUGCUCACAUGGAAACCAAAAGUAAACUGCAUGACUAUGGUGGUUUGAAGCUGGAAUACCAGAGAGCAAGUGGCUCUUCUCUGGAUUACAAAGAUUCUUUUCAUUACACUCCUUCUAGAACUUCCAUUCACAGUCAGUGUUCUAGAGAGAGACUAGAGUACAGUGACAGUGACUGGACCAAGGACGAUUUUGACAAGAGACCCAAGUCAUCCUAUGUAAACCAGCCCAGCCCUCAACCUGCCAUGAGACAGAGGUCCAGGUCGGGCUCUGGUCUCCAAGAGCCCAUCAUGCCCUAUGGAGCAAGUGCUUUUAAGUCCAAUCAGCAAGGCCAUUCAUAUAGUUCCUAUACGUACCCUCGAUUGUCAGAAACAGCAGCAGGCAUUCCAAAGUUGGAUUAUGACCGAGCACAGAUGGUAGUAAGUCCACCACUGUCUGGAUCAGACACUUACCCUCGAGGGCCAACAAAGCUACCUCAGAGCCAGAACAAAGCCAGCUAUUCAGGUGGCAGCUACCAGUACCCAGCUGUCUAUCACAAAUUCUCUCACUACCACCACCAGCCUUCUCUGUCGCCCAGUUCUCAUUACAUUUCCACAGCUUCUUAUCCCAGCUCCCCAAGCAUCACCUCAGGCGCUUAUCCUCCACCAAGCUGGGGAUCCUCCUCAGACCAGCAGCCCUCCCGGGUGUCACAUGAGCAAUUCCGGGCAGCCCUGCAACUGGUGGUGAGCCCUGGAGAUCCCCGGGAGUACUUGGACAACUUCAUCAAAAUUGGGGAAGGCUCCACUGGCAUUGUUUGCAUUGCCACAGAGAAGCACACGGGGAAGCAAGUUGCUGUCAAGAAAAUGGACCUCAGGAAGCAGCAGAGGCGGGAACUGCUCUUCAAUGAGGUUGUAAUAAUGAGAGACUACCAUCAUGAAAAUGUGGUCGACAUGUACAACAGUUAUCUUGUGGGGGAUGAGUUGUGGGUUGUGAUGGAGUUUCUGGAAGGUGGUGCAUUGACAGAUAUUGUGACUCAUACAAGAAUGAAUGAAGAACAGAUAGCUACUGUUUGUCUGUCUGUACUAAAAGCAUUAUCUUACCUUCACAACCAAGGAGUUAUACACCGGGAUAUUAAGAGUGAUUCAAUACUUCUCACAAGUGAUGGACGAAUAAAAUUGUCAGAUUUUGGGUUCUGUGCCCAAGUUUCAAAAGAUGUUCCAAAAAGAAAAUCUCUUGUUGGGACUCCAUACUGGAUGGCACCAGAGGUGAUCUCUAGACUCCCCUAUGGAACUGAGGUGGAUAUCUGGUCCCUUGGCAUCAUGGUAAUAGAAAUGAUAGAUGGAGAGCCACCUUAUUUCAAUGAGCCACCUCUCCAGGCAAUGCGCAGAAUCCGAGACAAUUUGCCACCGAGAGUGAAGGAUCUACAUAAGGUCUCAUCCAUCCUCCGUGGCUUUUUAGACUUGAUGCUGGUGCGGGAACCUUCACAGAGAGGAACUGCCCAAGAACUGUUGAGACACCCAUUUCUCAAGCUGGCUGGGCCUCCUUCCUGCAUAGUGCCUCUCAUGAGGCAGUACAGGCAUCACUGAAUUCUCUGGUUUAUUGAUUUAGUUAUGUUCCUGAGGGAAGCCAUGCACAGCAGUAGAGGCUGCUGGGAAAAAAGAAAGCUCUGGGGAGCACAACCACAGAGCAAUGUACCACUGUUGCCAUGGCUCAGCAGUGCCAUGAAGGAAGCUUCUGGGGAGGGGGGUUAUGAAGGGUUUUUUUCCUUUUUGGUUUGAAAACCAGACAUGUUGACAGCUAUUAUUCCUGCGUGGGCUGUGCCUUCCCCAGUCAGUUGCUGUUUUUAGUAUGUCAGCUAUCAAGGAAGAAGGAUGUUUUCUUCAAGUUCCACUUGGAAAAGAGAAAAAGGAGGUGGGGAAACUUGUCGCACAUUUGGAACACCAAAAUUUUAUUUAAAAUCAGAGGAAACUAACACUUCUACUUCAGAAGGACACUUUUUUCUGACAAAAUCUAAAAAGUAAAACAAGACAAAAAGCACUUUUUAAUCUUAGUUGUAGCGGUGUGAUGUAUUUUCAAACAAAUUUGUAAUUUUCUGUACAUUGCUUUUGAUAAUUUCCAGUACUUUGAUGUCAUAGUGAUAGUGCAGAUAGAGGUGAUGGGUGUAACUUAGCAAGCAUUUGAGCGAGACCUUUCCUACUUUUUUAUCCCUUUUGAAGAGAAAGGAACAUGAAUGAACACACAUAUGCACACGCACACGCACACACACACAAUUCUGAAUGUUGACAAGAAUUUCUCAUUUGUGCCAGUCAAAUGUACAUGUUCCAUUUGCAAGCAUUCAAGUUACUGAGCAAUGCCAUAUCCUUUUUCCCCACUGAAACAAUGUUUAGGGAUUUUCACUGCUGUCCUGAAGUGAUAUGUACCUUGAAAAAUACUCAGGUACUUAUGCGAAGGGCUGUUUCACAUAACCUUAAUUUCUCAUGUGAAGAUUGGAAACGAUUGAAUGGUAGUAACAGGUGAUCAGGUACUGCAGUUAAGAGCACAGUGAACCCUUGCUGGUCAAGAGGUAAGCUCCCAUUUGAUAGCUACAACCAACAUUCAUUACAUAGAUCAGUCCUGAAUAUUAUAAGCAGUGACAACAGUGAAUGACUCCUUCCUGCAGGGAUAGGGAAGGUUUUCCUGUUAAGAUCCAUAUGACAUUGGUCAAAAUAUGUCAGAGACUGAAGUCCAGCUGUGGGUUUAGCUGGAGGCAAAGUGGAUGAGGUUUGAAAAUGUCCACCUGUGAUCAUUGAGCUGCAGGUUUCCCACUCCUGCCUUACUGCAUGUGCACACAGCUGGGUGAUUUUGCUCAAAUUCACAUUCUAAAUAGUCCUGAUAUUAUCCUAUAUUUAGAAUAGGUCCACAUGACUCUUGUUCACCAAAGCCUCCCAAAAGCCAUGAGUUGUGGCCUGCCAAAGGCUCAACCCACCUCCUGCCUGAGGAAACAGGAGGCGGUUAAACCCUUAGCAAACCCAGAACUUGGUUUGGAUUACAACUCCCAGAAUUCCUUCUAAUGGCCAUGCUGGUGGUUCUGGGUGCAGUAGUCUAAAAAAAAGGUAACAUUCGGGCCCAAACAGACAGGCUAAAAUAAAGCUGCUUUGGGUCACUUUGGAAG